CCACAUUCAARCCGGUGACGCAAUAAUUUAGGUUGUCAACACAUGGCGAUUAGGCGCUUGCGUAAUAGCACUGUUUAGCACAGCAGAAUGUUAAUGACUGUUUAACUUUUAUCUUAAUUUUUAGCCACAAGUCUCAAAUCUAAAUUCGAAAAUCGGUGGACAAUGGCAGACCAGCAGCAGUUUUUCUUAAAAUGGAACGACUUUCAAAGUAAUAUGGUGUCGUCGUUCCGGCAUUUGCGAGACGAGAAGAGUUUCACUGAUGUCACUUUGGCCUGCGAGGGGCAGACGUGCAAAGCGCAUAAAAUGGUYCUCUCGGCGUGUAGUCCCUAUUUUAAAAGCUUGCUAGAGGAGAACCCCUCGAAGCACCCGAUUAUCAUACUCAAGGAUGUGGCUUACAGCCAUUUACAAGCAAUUUUAGAGUUUAUGUACGCCGGUGAGGUGAACGUGAGUCAGGAGCAAYUGCCGGCCUUCCUCAAAACGGCAGAUAGACUCAAAGUGAAAGGGCUGGCGGAGGCCCCCCAGGCAAUUAAACGGGAAUAAAGUAAAGUAGUCUUAAGGGAAAUUUAUACAAUUAGUUUUCUGUAGAGGUACGGUGCCUUAUUUUGGGUUUCCUCACUAUUUUUACAACAAUGAAACAUGUUCCUAKGUGGUUUCUCUGCAGUUGCCAAAUAUACAGACAGUUUCCCACCCGUAUGUCUACAGGAAAUUACUUGACUCGAUAUAUUUCUUUUUACGAAACAUUUGAUAUGCAUUUUUGAGGCGCGAGUUUACAUUGGGUAAAAAGAAAUAUAUUUUCGGGGAUAUUAAUUAAGCAUGUUUUGUAAAAGAUUUUUAUAUGAGUUUGUUUUAUAGUUUUAUAUCUACGCAUAAGGGUUUCAGUUUUAAGUAGUAACAAUUUAUAUUUUUGAUAGUCGUUCGUUCUACAUAAGUUGCAGAAACUUGGAAAUAUGUUAGACAAUUACCACGUUGUUACCACAUAAUUUUUUAAACAUUCUAGGACCUGUAAUUCGAUUGUAAUAAAAUGUUGUACAUUUCAAA